AUGUCUACAACUGCUGCCUUACUAGACUCGGCGCAGCUCAUUGCACAAGGAGCCGAGGCUAGAGUGUACAAAACCACGCUUGGCUCUUCUCCGGUUCUCCUAAAACAUCGAUUUCCUAAACAAUACCGGAACAGCGCACUCGAUGUUUCACUCACCAAACAACGAGUCUCGGGAGAAGCCAGGGCGUUGCUGAGGUGUUUGAGAUUCGGUGUUUCGGUCCCUGGUAUUCGUUUUGUUCAUGCAGAUACAGGUGUCUUAGGAAUUGAGUGGAUAGAGGGAACGAGUGUACGCAAGGUACUAGGUGGUGGGGCAGAGGGCGAAGAGGAGUUAGACGUUGCCGAAGAGGAAAUAGAAGACGAAGAGGCUGAAAUGGACGAAUUGAAAGAUGUCUACGGGCUGACGCAAGAGGGAUUAAUGACACUUAUCGGCGAAGAGAUAGCGAAGAUGCAUAAAAGUGAUAUUAUUCAUGGCGAUUUAACUACAUCCAACAUGAUGCUCCGACAAGACACAAAAAAUAAAGAGACACAAUUGGUUCUUAUCGACUUCGGCCUCUCGUACAAUUCAGUGCUUGUUGAAGACAAGGCAGUAGAUCUCUAUGUACUUGAACGUGCAUUUGCUUCGACGCACCCGCAGUCGGAGGGAAUGUUCAGCCAGGUUCUGGAGGCAUAUGGAAGAGUAAGCGGACCAGCCUGGAAAAACAUAAAGAGAAGGUUAGAUGAUGAGGUGUUCAUGUAUCAAAUUAUUUCCCGAUCGUUCCAGCAAGUUUGUAGCCAAUGGAUGAAGGUCGCACUUGCAAACCACGCCCUCUGGACCCAUAUCCAUAUUGUGGAGCACUUCGACGAUGACAAUGUUGCACUUUGGGUGUCUCGUGCAGGUCCCGAUGCAUUAUUCGAUAUCGAGAUCGAUAUGCUCGAGCCGUAUUGCGGCGUCGCAUUCUUUGACAUCACUGAUUGGCAAGAGCAAGUGUCACAUAUUGGAAGAAUUUUCAAGUUUUUCUCUUCUGUCAAGGCUGGGCCUCAACGUUGGAGAUCCUUGUCCCUUUCUGUCCUACAACCUGAGCCGAUGUACAAAUUUAUCCAGCUUUUGAACAAACAUCCUGCUCCGAACCUGAGUCACUUGUACUUGUGCUCUGAACCCGACCGGAGUGACGAUGAAUUUCACAAAGAAAGAUGCUUGACUGAUGCUCACUAUUGUAAAGGGUAUUCACCAUCUGAACAUGCCGUCCCCAAUCUCCGCCAUGCAGAAUUCACUUACGUAUCUUGGAGAUAUAUUUUUGACCGACCAAAACCCUUGCUUAGUGGUCUAGUUAAACUCAAACUAUCGGCUGGCACUGUGAUCCCUGAACUAGUACUCCCAAACAUUCAAAUUCUCCUAUUGGCAAAUCCAAACCUACGAUGGUUGCGCAUCAACGCGGAGUUCGCAUAUGAUUACGAAUUUGAUCGCCUUCCUGACGAAAAAUGUCCAAAGCCUGUCCUUUUAUCGUCCCUCAAAUUCUUGUCACUUGAGGGAGGAGACAACAUAUCAUUGGUGUCGGAUAUCCUCUCGAUCAUCACUGCUCCCUCACUCGAUGGUCUGAUGCUAGGAAGCCAUGGAGUAAGCAAUGAUGAUGAGUUUGUGUCUAAAAUCUUUAAUUAUCUUGCAACUGGUCAACCACCUAUGACCGAGAAUUCUGCUAUUGCUUCUAUAAAUAAAUCAGCGUUCCGCUUCUCCGCAAACUGGAUAUUACAGGCUUAUCCGUGA